UUCAUGGAGGUGAAGAUAUCAGAGAACCUAAAGCGUUCCCAGAGGGACUCAGCCCUGGACUGUGAUGAGGAGUCCUCAGAGACGCUGUGUUGCCGAUACCCCCUCUCCGUCGACUUUGAGGCCUUUGGCUGGGACUGGAUCAUUGCCCCCGAACGCUACAAGGCCAACUACUGUUCUGGAGAGUGUGAGUACAUGCACCUCCAGAAGUACCCCCACACUCACCUGGUGAACAAGGCUGGCGCCCGGGGUACCACAGGGCCCUGUUGUACUCCAACUAAGAUGUCCCCCAUCAACAUGCUCUACUUCAACCGCAUGGAGAAGAUAAUUUAUGGGAAGAUACCAUCUAUGGUGGUGGACCACUGUGGCUGCUCCUGAGAGGGAGGAUGAGAGGACAGGACAAAUCACACACGCACAUUGUGUUGUGUAAUGAGUUAAAAAGUUAUCCCAAAGUGAACCCUCUUACAAGAAUCCAUAAUAUUUUUGCAUAAACGGCUACAGGUGACAUGUGGAGUUUGAAAAACAUGAACCCUUUGCUCUGAGUGAGGACAUGAACUGCCCAUACUCUCCCCCCGAGGUUCGUUCCGCAAUGUGGCUGGAACUGCUAGAAAUAUUUAAGGACACAUAACACAAUUGUCAUAGGAGUGCAAAAUCUGCACUGAAACAGAUGUCCCCGAUAUUGUGGAUCACUGAAUUUUGGAACAGCUUGGUGGUCCUCAGAACACAGUGUCACAUACAGAGCUACUCUAUUAGCCUAUAUGAAUUGAAACCAAAAAUGGUAUGUUCCUUAUG